AUGGGUCACUUACUCAAAUCCGAAUCUAGUCUGUAGGUAAAUAUAUUUACAUGUAGUCAGGAAAUUGUGUGAAAUCUACGAAAAGGAGAGUCAACAAAACUUAGCAAUGCUCAGCAAUUCUAGAGGGGAUGGAGCUGCCGAUCCUAGAGACCUGUCAGGUCCACAGAAAGGACUGUCCCGAUUACCUGAGCCUGGUGGAAAAAUCGCCUCUUCCAGGUGGAACUGGAUGUUUAAAGCAAAUGCUCCCAUGUUUCACGCCAACUCUGGUUUAUGAAUUCGUCUCUGAGGAGCUCUGCUCACACGAACCAGUUGUCUUCAGCAGAUUCAUUCACUUCUAACUGUUACUGGGAGUCCCCGUGAUUCGGGCCGUGGGUUGGUGCUGCCGUGACGGGGCGGAAGCUCUGCUCCGGUCCCCACAGCAGGGUGCGCAGGUAUGGCGUCUCAGGUUUAACGAGGCUUGACUCCUUGUUAGACGACGCUUCCCAGUAUUUAGGAUAGUCCCUCCUGUCGGGCCCCUGGAAGUUCUGCCCCGAGUAACAUUCGGGGUGAGCGAGGACGUCUGCUACAGCGUGGAAGGCUGCUGAUGUGCACGUAGGUGCGUCCUCAGACCAGAAAGCAGCCCAAGCCAUCGCCACGCCGCCCCCCACCCCCCCGAAACGGGGCUGCCCAUGCAAAUCAGCCGCGGUCGGGCCCGCCCACCCCACGGCUCCGGAAGCUGCAGUCCCCUUGCCCAGCUCCGCGCGGCGGCUCCCGGGGCCACAUUUCCGCCGGGCCGCCUGCCUAGCUGCGAUGGCGUUGCAGAUGGCUGCGCGGCGCGGGCGGCCAGUGCGGGUGCUGGUGGACAUGGACGGCGUUCUGGCGGAUUUCGAGGCCGGCCUCCUGCGGGGCUUCCGCCGAAGCUUCCCCCGGGAGCCGUACGUGCCGCUGCAGGAGCGCCGCGGCUUCCUCGCCUGCGAGCAGUACCGAGCCCUGCGCCCGGACCUGGCGGACAAAGUGGCCAGUGUGUAUGAAGCCCCAGGCUUUUUCCUAGACUUGGAGCCCAUCCCUGGAGCCUUGGAAGCAAUGCGGGAGAUGAAUGACAUGCAGGACACCGAGGUCUUCAUCUGCACCAGCCCUCUGAUGAAGUACGACCACUGUGUGCACGAGAAGUACCGCUGGGUGGAGAAGCACCUGGGGCCCCAGUUUGUGGAGCGCAUUAUCUUGACGAGGGACAAGACGGUGGUCUUGGGGGACCUGCUCAUUGAUGACAAGGACACCAUUCAAGGCCAAGAGGAGACCCCAAGCUGGGAGCACAUCUUGUUCACCUGCUGCCACAACCAGCACCUGCCCCUGCCCCCCCCACGGAGACGGCUGCUCUCCUGGAGUGACAACUGGAAGGAGAUUAUAGAUAGCAAGCGGGGAGCCCUGCAGCGGGACCAAACCGGCCUGGGGCCGCCCCAGGAAUAAGGCGAGGGGCCAUGGCCGUGGACAGUAGCUGAAGGAAGGGAAGGCAGACCAGCAGGGAGCCCAGGCAGAACUGAGCGACAGGGCAGCAUCAUGGCAAUGACCCCUCAGCACUGUGCCAGCCACCUGAACCCUCCUGGCAGAGCUGGCCUGGAAACAUGGUGGGAAAAUCAGGAACCUUUUUAAUAAAACACUUUGGCUCACUGCU